GCGCAUGGGGAAGGAGUGCGGCGCGGCGAGGCACGGCGCCUGCAGCUUCUCCUUGCGGAGCGCUGCCAGCUCUUCCUGGAAGUCCUGAGUCGCGCACGGCGCAGUGAGUUCAUGCACCUCCUCGCCAAGCCUCAGCCUGCGGGAUUUGGGGAGGCUGCCGCCAGCACACCACCCGGUCACCCGCGCUCGCUCGUCGCCGCUCGGGGGUCCCUACUGGGCGCCCCGGCCGCCGCCCCCUCGCACAUGAAGAUGUACGUGCAAAGAGCUCUGGUGCUGCUCUCCCUACUGAGCUUCGCCACCGUGAGCCUCUCGCUGUCCUCCUGCACCACCUUGGACCUGGAUCACAUCAAGAAGAAGAGGGUGGAGGCCAUCCGGGGCCAGAUCCUGAGUAAGCUGCGGCUCACCAGCCCCCCGGAGACUGUGGGGCCGGCCCAUGUCCCCUACCAGAUCCUGGCCCUCUAUAACAGCACUCGGGAGCUGCUGGAGGAGAUGGAGGAGGAGAAGGAGGAGAGCUGCUCUCAGGACAACACCGAGUCCGAAUACUAUGCCAAAGAGAUUCAUAAAUUUGACAUGAUCCAGGGCCUCCCCGAGCACAAUGAGUUGGGCAUUUGUCCAAAAGGUGUCACCUCCAAUGUGUUCCGCUUUAAUGUGUCUUCGGCAGAGAAGAACAGCACCAACUUAUUCCGAGCUGAGUUUCGUGUGCUGCGUGUGCCCAACCCAAGCUCUAAACGCAGUGAGCAACGCAUCGAGCUUUUCCAGAUCCUUCGUCCGGAUGAGCACAUAGCGAAGCAGCGGUACCUCAGUGGCAGGAAUGUGCAGACACGGGGCUCCCCUGAGUGGCUGUCCUUUGAUGUCACCGAGACUGUGCGUGAGUGGCUUCUGCACAGAGAGUCCAACCUUGGCCUGGAAAUUAGCAUACAUUGUCCUUGCCAUACUUUUCAGCCCAACGGGGACAUCUUGGAGAGUUUGCAUGAGGUCCUGGAGAUCAAGUUCAAAGGCAUUGACAGUGAGGAUGACUAUGGCCGUGGGGACUUGGGGCGCCUGAAGAAGCAGAAAGACUUGCAUAAUCCCCACCUCAUCUUGAUGAUGUUACCCUCACAUCGACUGGAGAGCCCAGUGUUGGGAGGCCAGAGAAAGAAACGUGCCCUGGAUACCAACUACUGUUUCCGGAACCUGGAGGAGAACUGCUGCGUGCGUCCUCUGUACAUUGACUUCCGACAGGACCUUGGCUGGAAAUGGGUCCAUGAGCCUAAGGGCUACUUUGCUAACUUUUGUUCGGGCCCUUGUCCGUACCUCCGCAGCGCAGACACCACUCGCAGCACGGUUCUGGGUUUAUACAACACGCUGAACCCUGAGGCAUCUGCUUCGCCCUGCUGUGUGCCCCAGGACCUGGAGCCGCUCACUAUCUUGUACUAUGUUGGGAGGAACCCCAAAGUGGAGCAGCUCUCCAACAUGGUGGUGAAAUCCUGCAAGUGCAGCUGAAAGGCCCCCUGGCCCACCCAAAGCCAGGAGAAAAACUGUCAGCACCCACUCUCCUGCUCCCAGGCUAACACAAAGAGAACUGGGGGUCAGAGACUACGCAUGCUGAGGGCCAAGUGCCAAACCCUGUGGCUUAAAGUCUGGCAGCCUUUGGGGAUCUCUUCUGGAACACUUCUUGGUUGUCUUGGCAGUGCAAAGUUCCUUCUAGGAGUUACUCUGGUGACACAAAGGCCACACUCUCCAAAAUGGCUGGACAGUUGGUGCGGAAGUGGAGGAUAAGAUGGGGGAACUGCUGUGUAUUUGAAUGCUGGGUGGUUGAGCUGGGAAAAUGAGAAUGAGAAAGCAGGUGCAAGGGGGAAUGGAAAUGGGGAGAUGUUUUCUAUUCUAGCUUUAGCUGUCUUAAGACCUUUUAGCCCUCCCCACUGGCUUGAAGCACUAAAGGCUUUCCCUGUAGGAGGAAACCUUGAAAGUUUCUUUAGAGAAGGAAAAUGCACCGAGAUGGGAAGUUGCUGAGAGAAGAAGUGCUCAGAGAUACACUUAAGACUUUUGUUCCUCAGAGCUAUGAUCCAAGAGUCCUGCAACUGAAACCAUGUCUGCCAAACCUCUAAGUUCAGCUGACAGAUCCUGCCUAUUGGUUUCCACAUGCAAACUGCGAGGCUCCCAGCCAGCGUACUGAGGGUGGGCAAAUACAAGGAAAAAGGGUGCUGAGUCCAUUUUCAGAGGGACUGGUGUCUCCAUCCAGCUCUUUCACCUUCCUGGAGUUUCUAAAAGAUGGUUUCGGGUGAGGGCAGGAGCAAUAUCUGGGGGUACCUGAAUAUUGGGCCCAUUCAUUUGUGAUCUGACACACCCUGAGGACCUCUCGUCUGUUGUGGUUUGUGAGGUGCUUUGGGGUGGUUUGCACCUGUUCUGCAUGAUGACCUGAACAUGACCCAGGUCUCACCUGCCAAGACUUAAAAAAUAGUAAUCUCAAAAACUUUGCAAAAAAAUAAAUAUUUUGGGGGGAGAUGCUAAUUUUUUCACAAGCAAGUUGUUUGUUGGAGAGUUAGAUGAUUUGCUGUUUUUAAAGUGCUACCACUGUGGCAUACUCAGUCUAAAAUUUUUACGCUUUCCAAAAUGUCUCUUCAAAGGAACAGAUAGAAUUUAGGUUGGCAAGAGAAUCUCAAAAUGGAAAUUCCAUCUUACCCUCAAACUGUGCCUGGUGUAUAUGUGCCCUGUCUCACCCUAGUCCUUCAGACAUGUAUAUUACCUCUAGCAUCUGCUUUUGAUAGAUUCAUAUAAAGCUCCCUUUAAAUGUAAAA